GGUUAGGCCACGCCCCCCUCUGGCUCAGACAGCAGUGUGGUGAAAUCUCCCAGAUCCCACCUGGACCUAAAACCUGGACCAACACCGAGGACAACAUGAGUCUGCCGGACGUGAAGUCGUCUCAGAAACAUCCCGCACACCCACACUCUGGGGUCGUGCAGUUGAAUGUCGGCGGUCACAUGUUCAUGACAUCUCUGAGCACGCUCAGGAAACACACGGACUCAAAGCUGGCUGAGAUGUUCAGCGGACAGUCCAAACUCCGCUCAGACGGACAGGGGCGCUACUUCAUCGACCGCAGCGGGUCUCACUUCGGCGCCAUCCUGGAGUUUCUGAGAUCAGAGCGGCUUCCCACAGAGAACAUCCAGGAGGUUCACAGGGAGGCAGUGUACUACAACAUCAAACCUCUGAUCAAACGUCUGGAGGAGACUCCUCGGCUGUUUGGGGAGCUGGUGGCGAGGCAGCAGUUCCUCUCUAGAGUCCCUAACUACAAAGAGAACAUUGAGGUGCUGAUACGUAUCGCCAGAGCCGAGGCCAUCGCCGCCCGUCAGACCACCAUCAUGAUCUGCGUGAUGCGGACGGAGGAGGACUUCAACCUCUACGACAACGCCAUCAACAGCCUGGAGGCGGAUAAGGAGUCGGUGGUGACGUUCGGACCCUGGAAGGCCGUCCCGUCCGUUAAAGACCUGCUGGACUGUGUAAAGAUGGACAUCGAGAGUCAGGGCUACAGCGUGAGCAUCCUGCCUCACCUCAUGGAGAAGGGCUUCAUGUCCAAGAGCUACGACUUCUUCCACAAGGUCACGUUCACCUGGUGGUGACGGGAGAGCUGCUCUGUACAUACUGUCACCUUUAAACCCUGCAGUAGAUUUUUAAUGAGGGGUUUGAUUAUGAAGGUUUUAGACACAAGGGGUCAGUGUAGCAUCUGUAUAUAAAAACUUAAAGGUGACAUGUUAUGCAAACUGGACUUCUUAAUGGUUCUCUCCCUGAAAUCUGUGUCCCUGUCUACAAACCCCCCGAAAAGUAAAAGAAUCCA